AUGAUAGAACUGUUACCAUAUGAUGAGAUGCUUAAGGAGCUUGGCUGCGAAUUAUUGCCCCUGGAAGGCCCAGAGCCAGCGGCGCUACAAUUCUACCUCAAGAUUGGUGUUCUUGUUAUUCAGAGCACUCAAAACCCUCACCAACCCUCCAGCCUUUUGAACCAAGCCCAGGGUCUUCUUUACGGGCACCUGAAUAGAUGCCAUGCGGAAAUAUGGAAGACCACAACAUCACAUCGAAGCUCUACAAACAUGAUAGGAGACGUCUUCGGAGAUGAAAGCCACUAUGAUCAACAUAACGGUAACAAUAGAGACUCUGAGGAGACAAGUUCUACUCGAAGUGAUUUCUAUCAGUCCUCCGAUGAACUUCAAAAGACGCAACAGACCUACGAUGACUUUAUCUACACAACUGCUUUGAAAGAGAUGGGAGAUACAGAGUCUUACCUGCCUCGGUAUACUUUGAAGCGAAUAGUACUUGAACCCCCCAGGUGGGGGGCUACGGUUCAAUACAAGGAUCUCCAAUCUUAUGCGGAGGCCAAUUCCAAGAAGGCAGCAAAGCAUUCCGCGUCUAAGUCUCUUUGGCUCCAAAUGGGCAAACCCCUUUUAGCGAAUUGA